AUGCCUCGACAAGCAGAGGAAGUUCUUGAAUACGACGACUUCCUCGGUUGGACUGUUUCCUCGUUAAAGGAUUUUCUUUCGCUACGGGGACUCAAGCAAACGGGCAGAAAGUCUGAGCUGAUCGCUAGAGCGUUUGGAGCCUACGAACUCAAUGUGCCUGUGAAGUUUUCCCAGGAGCAAAUUUAUCAGCAGAUAAAAGACGAAUAUUCAAGGAGGCUGACUAAAAAUGAAAUUAAGAGUGAUCCAAACAUGUUACCGAGUGACGCUUGGAUUGACGACGUAAAGGAAUGGCCAGAGGUCGAUGAUGGCAAAUUGUUCAGUUAUAUUUUGAGGACUAAAGCCGUAGAUGUCGACUAUAUUGGAAAAUACAAGGAUCAGAAGGCCUAUUCUUAUUGGAUGAGUGGCUUUGUAGACACAGUGUUCUUUGCUAAAUGCCCAAUUAACAGCAAGCAUGUGUUCUUGAAAGGCUCUGUAUCCCCGUCACAAAAAUUCGUGAUGACCCGCAUAAGGUCUGGGUUUGUUUAGAGGGCACAAAAAGUGAAUGCAAAAUCUUAACCUCUUGGUGUACAUGUACAGCAGGUACUGGUGAAGUUUGCAAUCAUGUUAUAGCUUUGCUAUAUAAAGUAAAUUUUGCACACAAGAAAGCUUACAUAUCUCCUGCAUGUACAAGCGUUCCACAAGGAUGGAACAAAGGAACUAGAAAGGAUGUAGCUCAACUCAAAUAA